AUGAAGGAAAUCAAAAUGAAAUUCGGAAAAGAACUUUCGUCAGAGAUGGUGCCUGAGUGGCAACAAGCUUACGUAGACUACAAGUAUCUCAAAACCCUUGUCAAAGAAAUCAACCGCUUCAAACGCAAACCCAAUCCUCACGGCAAUGGGAUGACGACGACGGAGACGCUGUACGGCACAUCCAACGGUCAAAAGAGACACGGCGUUGGUGGCGGUUACGGUCAGAUAAGAAGUUCUUCAACCGUCGUUGAAAUCGAAGGAAUAACGACGGCACCGAUUCAAGUGAGUUCUACGGCGAGGGACGGGUACGAGACGACGUUCUUUAUGACGACGGAUAAAGGAGGAGAAUAUGAGCUGGUGUUUUUCCGGCGACUAGACGACGAAUUCAACAAAGCGGAUAAAUUCUGUAAAGAAAAAGUGGAGGAAGUGAUGAAAGAAGCUGCUAUGCUUAACAAACAGAUGGAUGCCCUUAUCGCGUUCCGCCUUAAGAUGAAGGAGGAGCGUCCGGCGGAGAUGACUUGCUUGGUUUCGACGGAGCCCACUGAAUACACACCAAUGAAUGUGAAAGUUCAUGCCAUAGAGGAAGGAGGGUCGAGUAGAGCUGGUCGAUCUGAUGAAGAUGACGUAGAAGAAGAAGAAUAUAACGAUACAAUCUACAAACCGGCCAAUGACAUGGGCAAGAUGAAAGAUGCGAUGCCGGCUCCAAUCGAGGUUCUAAGUUCCAUCAAGAUCAACUACGGGAACGAAACGCCUCGAUCCACCAUUAGGAGCGUUUUCAAAGACUCGAACGGGACAGAGCUCAAAUUCAACAGUAGUAAUCUGAGGAAAAUCGAGGAGAAGCUAAGCUCCGCCUUCGUGGAGUUUCAUCGGAAGCUUUGGUUUCUCAAAAGCUAUAGCUUUUUAAAUGUGUUGGCGCUUUCGAAGAUAUUGAGGAAGUAUGAUAAGAUAACUUCGAGGGAUGCUUCUAAGUCUUACAUGACAAUGGUUAAUAACUCUUGCCUUGGAAGCUCUGAUGAGGUUAUCAUGAGACUCAUGGAUCAUGUUGAAACUACAUUCAUAAAGCAUUUCACGAAUGGUAACAGAACAAAAGGAAUUGACAUCUUGCGACCAAAAGCUAAAAGAGAUAGACACCGAGUUACAUUUUCCACAGGUUUUUUGGGUGGAUGCAUGUUUUCCCUCGUAGUAGCUCUUGUGGCUAUUGUACGCAUCCGAAACGUCUUACAAGGUGAUGGCCAGAAAAAGCGGUACCGAGUAAAUUAUACCUUCAUAUUUGGAUUCAAACAAGGAACAGAACUUGGCUACAAACAAAUUCUAUUUGUGGCAUUCACCAUUUGCACGUUUGCGCUUCUUUGUAUCCUUGCCAAUCUUGACAUGGAGGCAGACCCCAAAACCAAAGAUUACAAAGCAUUAACCGAACUUCUCCCUCUUGCCCUCCUCAUUGCUAUGUUCAUAGUUCUAGUCCUACCAUUCAACAUCUUCUACCGGUCGAGUCGCUACUUCUUCCUCACUUGCCUAUUUCACAUCUUUGUUGCUCCUCUUUACAAGGUGACAUUUCCCGAUUUCUUCGUGGCGGAUCAACUAUGUAGUCAAGCACAAACUCUUCGAAGCAUAGAGUUUUACAUAUGCUAUUACGGUUGGGGAGACUACAAAGUAAGAGAAAGCACUUGUGGAAAGUCACAAGUCUUUAACGCUUUCCUAUUCAUUGUUGUUGCAUUCCCAUUCUUUUCUCGCUUCCUUCAGUGUAUGAGGCGAGUGUUUGAAGAAAGGAGCAUAGAACAGCGGUACAACAGUUUCAAGUACGCUUUGGUAGUAGUUGCUGUUUGCUUAGGGAUGGCUUAUGAAGUCGACCACGAGAAAGAUCGUCAAAAUAUGUGGAGAGUGUUAGGCGGUGUUGCCUCAGCUAUAGCUGUGGUUUUCUGUACGUAUUGGGACUUGGUCCAUGACUGGGGACUCCUUAACCGCAAAUCCAAGAAUCGUUGGCUACGUGAUGAACUCCUCCUACCAUACAAAGAAGUUUACUUCAUUGCGAUGAUCUUGAACGUGGUGCUGAGAUUUGCGUGGAUGGAAACGGUGCUAGAUUUUCAAUUCGGUUCAGUACACUCACAGAUCACCAUUGCUUUCGUUGCAAGUCUUGAGAUCAUUCGUCGUGGGAUAUGGAAUUUCUUCAGGUUGGAGAACGAACAUUUAAAUAAUGUCGGGAAGUACAGAGCUUGCAGGACGAUUUCAUUACCAUUCGAGUACGACGAGGACCAAUAAAUGUUUUCUUAAAGAUAACGUAAUUCGUAACGAUCUUUAUUCUGAACGUACGGAGUACGGUAAUCUAAUCGGCUUUAGCUGAUAUAGCACAUGUCACAUGUGUAUGUAUUAUAUAUUAGUAUAUCCGAAAAGGACACUAGUUAAUUUACGGUCAAAUCGAAUUGGUCAAUUAUUAUUAUUAUUUUUUUAUUGUUCAAUAAAGUUCAACUAUGCAUGGUACUCGUAUACAUAUUUAUAAUUUUAUAUGUUAAAUGAUAUAUCUAUUUAUGGUUUUCUCCAUGUAAAAG